ACUUCUCCCUCCCCUGGCUAGCUCCUCGCCGCCUGUGGAGCUGAACUGAGAGCGGGCUUGCCAUGGGGAGCCCGGGACUCCGGCCUGCGCUGCUGCUUCCUCCCGUGUUGCUCUUUCUGUUGCUGUUACACGUCCCACAGAGCCACGGCUUCCCAGGAUCGGGAGACUCACCGCUAGAAGAUGAUGGAGUCUGGUAUUCACACACUAGAUAUAAAGAUACCCCAUGGUGCUCUCCCAUCAAGGUGAAGUAUGGGGAUGUGUACUGUAGGGCUCCUCAAGGAGGAUACUACAAAACAGCCCUGGGGACCAGGUGUGACAUUCGCUGCCAGAAGGGUUAUGAGCUGCAUGGCUCUUCCCAGCUGAUCUGCCAAUCAAACAAGCGCUGGUCCGACAAGGUCAUCUGUAAACAAAAGCGAUGUCCUACGCUUAGUAUGCCGGUAAAUGGAGGGUUUAAGUGCAUAGAUGGUGCUUACUUUAACUCUCGGUGUGAGUAUUAUUGCUCACCAGGAUAUACACUGAAGGGAGAGCGGACAGUUACAUGUAUGGAUAACAAAGCCUGGAGUGGUCGGCCAGCCUCCUGUGUGGAUAUAGAACCUCCUAAAAUAAAGUGCCCAAGUGUAAAGGAACGUAUUGCCGAACCCAAUAAGCUGACGGUCAGGGUGUCUUGGGAAACCCCGGAAGGCAGAGACACAGCAGAUGGUAUUCUUACUGAUGUUAUUUUAAGAGGCCUCCCCCCAGGCUCACAUUUUCCAGAAGGAGACCACAAGAUUGAGUACACAGUCUAUGACAGAGCUGAGAACAAGGGCACUUGCAAAUUUCGAGUUAAAGUAAGAGUCAGACGCUGCGGCAAACUCAAUGCCCCAGAGAAUGGUUACAUGAAGUGCUCCAGUGAUGGUGACAAUUAUGGAGCUACGUGUGAGUUCUCUUGCAUUGGUGGCUAUGAGCUCCAGGGUAGCUCUGCUCGAGUAUGUCAAUCCAACCUGGCGUGGUCUGGCACAGAACCCACCUGUGCAGCCAUGAAUGUCAAUGUGGGUGUCAGAACAGCUGCUGCACUUCUGGAUCAGUUUUAUGAGAAAAGGAGACUCCUCAUUGUGUCCACACCCACAGCUCGAAACCUCCUCUACCGACUGCAGAUGGGGAUGCUGCAGCAAGCACAGUGUGGUCUGGAUCUUCGACAUGUCACAGUGGUGGAACUGGUGGGCGUGUUCCCGACCCUCAUUGGCAGGAUCAGAGCAAAAAUUAUGCCUCCAGCCCUAGCUCUACAGCUCAGGUUGUUGCUGAGAAUCCCCCUCUACUCCUUCAGCACAGUGCUAGUAGAUAAGCAUGGCAUGGACAAAGAACGAUAUGUCUCCCUGGUGACACCCAUGGCUCUCUUCAACCUGAUUGACACUUUCUCCUUGAGAAAAGAAGAGAUGAUCCUUCAAGCCGAAAUGGGCCAGACUUGUAACACCUGAUGUAAUAUUAUUUUCUCGAUGGUUCCUCUUCUCUUUCUACAUAGUGCUGUGCACAUGGAAAGGCCUUAAAAUAACUUUGAUGUAUAGAUUUCCAUUUGUAAUUUUUAAAAAUCUAUUUUAUUAUGUGCUUUCUUUGCCCUUAAAUUUAGCACAAUGCUUUUUAUUUUAACUUUAAAAUGUCUCAAAUAUGUAUGAAUAGUUUGGCGUUUCUAACUCUCUACUCCAUUGACAGGCUAAUUUGUAGAGAAAUUAGAAGCCACAACUAUACACAUGCUUUCAACAUUUUAUUCAUUGUGAUAUAUCAUUUUGUGUUGUUGUUUUUAUGAAACAUUUGUUAAUAAAAUAUUUUGAGCAAAU